AUGAACGAGCCCCACGACAUCUCGGGUACACAGUGGACCAACUGGGUGGCCGCCUGCCAGCUUGCCGUGAACGCCAUCCGUGCCGCCGGCGCCACCUCACAGUACAUUGUGCUUCCCGGAAACUUCUGGACCCACCCUGAGACCUGGACCGCUGGCGAGAACAACGACAUGCUCGCCAUCACGGACCCGGCCACGAGCGACAAGUCGCUCCUUUUGCUUGACGCACACAAGUACUUUGACUCGGACGGCUCGGGAAGCUCCACCACUUGCACCACCAACGCCGUCAGCGUGUUUGAGGCCUUUGUCAGCUUCCUCCGCACCAACGGCCGCAGGGCGCUCCUCACCGAGUUUGGAGGUGGAAACAACGCCGGCUGCGCGACCUACGUCUCCCAGGCUCUCAGCUACUUGUCCGCCAACUCGGAUGUCGUCCUCGGUUUCACCGCUUGGUCUGCUGGUGCAUUCGACACCACCUACGAGCUCAGUCUUGUCCCGAACAGCGAUGGCUCUGACCAGUACCUCUGGACCAACGCUAUCCAGGCCUACCUCCCUGGAAACAGUCCCCAAACUAGCUCGUCAACAACCCCCGUUCCGUCUACGUCCGCGACCUCGGCAACCUCGGCAACCUCGGCAACUUCGACCACCUCGACGACGACGAAGACGACGUCCUCGGCACCCGCGACUUCGACCACGGCCUCGUCUUGCACUGUUUCCAAGUGGGGUCAGUGUGGCGGUUUGUCCUACUCGGGGUGCACCGUCUGUACGUCUGGUUCCACCUGCACUUUCCAGAAUGACUGGUACUCGCAAUGCCUCUAA